GCCUCUACGCUCCCUCCAGUGCUGAUUGGUGCGCCUGUGGUCACCUGAUCCAUCGCUCGGACGCAGCAAGGACACCAGCGAUGGCGCGGCUGCUGCUGACGGGACGGAUGGCGCUGGGCCGGCAGCUGCGGAGCUACGGCGACAGCAGCCAGUUGGGAGAAUUGGGAAAAGGAGCUGGGAAGGGCGGUGGUGGUGGAGGAGCCAUUAGAGAGGCGGGAGGUGCUUUUGGUACCAGAGAAGCUGCAUUGGAAGAGAGAUACUUCAAGGAAAAGGAAAGGGAACAGAUUGAAAAUCUGAAGAAGCAUCAUCUGGAGGAGAUUCGACACCAUGAAAAAGAGAUCCAGCGCUUGCAAGAUGAGGUUAAACGUCACAAGAAUCAAAUCAAGAAACUGAGGCAUAAUGAUGACCUAGAUGACUAGGAUUUCUAAUUAUGUUUGGUUAUGCGUAUCUCAAUCAUGGAGGUCAAUUAAUGUGCUUUACCUAAUCACGUUUGGAUGUACCAUAUGUGUAUCAAUAAAAAAUACUAUGACACCA